GGUUAGUACCAUAUUGUAAUAAUGCAUAAAUAAAUCAAUAUGGCGGAUAUUGUAAGAAGUGCCUUAGGACCUCGAUUAUAUCGCAUUUAUAUCCAACAUGAAACAAAGCUACGGAGCAGGGCGUACGAUGCAAAUGGGAUGGAACAGUGUGGGGAUGGUAUUAUCAAGGCACUAUCCUAUGCUUGGUCUAUUUGUUACUACACAUCACCAGCCUUAGUCUUCUAUAUGUUUAGAAAAGGUUUUUUCACUUCAGCUGGUUAUGUAUACCUGACUAAAUGUAUUGGUUCUGCAUUAGUUAUAUUGAUUGGAGCUUUCUGUAUUAGAGGUUUUGGUCGCUUUAACAAUCAGGAUUACAGAGCCUUCCUUGAUAUUCUUGUAGCAACUAAGGCCUCCAACACUGAAGAGAAUAAGAGAAAACUGCGCUUAUACGAUUUUGACUUUCAUGACUGGCCAGCUGAUUACAAAUGGAAUGAAACUCUCAAAAGCAGUUCAAACAUCAGUAAUCCUCCAGAUGUUAGUGUGCUCUCUCACUCCAGACAGAGGAGCUGGGCUUCAAAGAUUUUUUCCUUUCCCUGUAGCAUAAUGAGAUACUUUGUCGCACAUGCUUUUGGUAGGCCCAUGAUCUAUCCUGGAUCUGUUGGCCUUCUACAGGCUGGACUUGCUGAACCCCUUCUCAGUGGGAGAACAGUAUUCCUAGAAAAGGGAGGAAGGAGAGCCAAGCUUGUUGCAGCUGAUGGAAAUGAGAUUGAUUCAUUGUUCAUGGACAAAAGAAAGCAUGAUGAAGAUAAUAAUGGGAAUACUUUGGUCAUUGCUUGUGAAGGGAAUGCUGGAUUUUAUGAACUUGGUCUCAUUUCAACACCUUUGAAAGCUGGGUAUUCUGUUCUUGGUUGGAACCACCCAGGCUUUGCUGGGAGCACGGGCCUACCAUUCCCAGAAGCAGAGAAGAAUGCAAUGGAUGUCGUAAUACAGUAUGCCAUCAAUGAACUUGGUUUCAAGCAAGAGAAUAUAGUACUGUAUGCCUGGUCAAUAGGUGGGUAUGUAGCGGCAUGGGCUGGCAUGACCUAUCCCAACAUAGGAGGCAUGGUUCUUGAUGCUACUUUUGAUGAUAUCGUCCCCUUGGCACAAAGUAAAAUGCCAGAAGCUCUAUGUGGCUUCGUAACCAAUGUCAUCAAGGAAUAUUUUCAUCUUGAAAACGGCAAGUAUGCCAGUAGUUGGUCUUUGGGAAAGUAUGAAUAUUAACGUGGAGGAAUGUAACACAAUCGUAAAGAAAUAUAUUCAGCAGCACGGCACACGCUUUCCAAGCCAGCUGGGACAUGACCUGCCAAGGGAGAAGAGAGUCAGCCUUCUCAUGUUUAUUGUUCUUCAGUACCUAAUGGACUUUGAUGCCGCGCAUUGUAUUCCUCUUCCUUCUACAGACUUCCGUCUGCCCUGGAAUAUGUCCGGACAGGCAUAAUUUGUUUUGUUUUUACUUUAUUUGGUCAUCCUGCGAGCUUUUAUUUUCUAAGUAAUCAUCCCAUCAAUAACUGCCCCUAGGGCUACACAAUUAGUCAGUUAUUCCUCUAAAUUGCAACGAUAAAUCCCCUUGAUACCAUUAAGCGAUGGACAGCCGUAGUUAGGGUAACAGUCGCAUAGCAACGGCUACUUUUUUCGAUCGUAAAAACUUAUUAUCUAAGAUUAGAUAAAACAAUGUAAGGAUUAAACCUCCUUGGUUUCUUAGACACCCAGACUAGGGUUUUGAGACAUUAUAGUUAGUAUGAUAGCAGUCGCAUACCAAUGGCUUCGAAAAUAGAAAUCUGACUCUAACUUUGCA